GACUACAAACUGUCUCACCGCUGGUUCUCCAUAGAGAAAAAGGAGGAUUGCGGAAGUGUGCGUUACGUUUGAGGUUCUGUGUGGUUCUCACUUCCUGUACAAGGGGUAGUUGGAUGCGUUUGCUGUUCCCCUACUUGUUCACAUGAAACCGGAGUAUCAAAAAACAGAGCGGCAGUGAUUUUUGAAGAGACUGAAGAAAGACGCCGGAUUAGGCUACUGUACACACUCUCCUGUUGGCAAAUAUGUAAAUGCUGUGACAAUAAAUGUCUGUUUGCGGUCUGUCCGUCCGUAUGGAAGAAUUACUCAUCCGUGGGCUGGGAGUGUGAAUUCAUUGUGGGUCAUUAAAUGCGUUCGCAUGCAGAUAGGGACUACAUCAAAAGGUGCUGCUCAUCGUUUUAGCAGCGGCAUUUGCAGAUCUAAACACUCCGUUGUGUCGUGUUUGAGGACUACAGUACCGCCCGAGCCAGCAUGGAGAAACGCCGCAAAUUCUGUUUUUCUUUGGCUCUGAUCUUGCAGUGUUUUAAAUGGAGCUCUUCUUUUAACUUGGAUAUCGACAAUCCAUCAGUUUAUUCUGGUCCUCGGGGAAGCUAUUUUGGAUUUUCCGUUGAUUUCUUCAAACCUGACCAAACACAGUUAAAUGUUCUAAUUGGGGCGCCGAAAGCCAACACAUCUGUUUCGGCUGUGGUAGAGAGGGGAGCGGUAUACAGCUGUCCUUGGCAAACAAGCACUGCUUGUCAGCAAAUACAGUUUGACAACACAGAUGACCGAAGGAACGCCAAUGGCAUCCCAAUGGAGUUCAAGUCCAACCAGUGGUUUGGGGCUUCGGUCCGGUCUGUGGGGGAUAACAUACUGGCUUGCGCACCUCUUUACCAGUGGAGCACGUUCGGGUUGAUGGAGAGAGAACCCGUUGGGACGUGCUAUCUCAAGAAGGGGGGGAAGAUAGUGGAAUAUUCCCCCUGUCGCACAGCCUCCAGCACACCAGAAGGACAAGGCUUCUGUCAAGCAGGAUUCAGUAUUGAUUUUGUGAAGAAUAACAGAGUUGUUAUUGGAGGACCUGGCAGCUUUUACUGGCAAGGGCAACUGAUCUCUGACGAUGUUUCCGAAAUCAUAAGCAAGUACAAAAAUGAAUUCUUGAUCACCUAUGGCAACCAGAUGGCAACCAAGUCAGCCAGCGCUCAGUAUGAUGACAGCUACCUAGGUUACUCGGUGACUGUUGGUGACUUGAAUGGCGAUGGAGAAGAUGAUUUUAUCACAGGAGUUCCCAGAGGGGAAAAGGCCCUUGGCUAUGUUAACGUUUUCAAUGGGAAAAACAUGGAGUCCGUGGUCAACUUCACUGGAGUGCAGAUGGCUGCCUAUUUUGGUCAUUCUGUGGCUGCGACCGACAUCAAUAAGAAUGGAAUUGUAGAUUUGUUUGUGGGUGCGCCCCUCUUCAUGGAUCGCGAAUCGAACGGCAAGCUGCGGGAGGUGGGCCAGGUGUACGUCUACCUGGGGAAGGGGGGCUUUACUUUCGACGACCCCCUGAAGCUGACGGGCUCGGAUAUCUACUCGCGUUUUGGCAGCUCCAUCGCCCCUCUGGGAGACCUGGACAUGGACGGCUUCAACGACAUCGCCAUCGCUGCCCCCUACGGUGGCCCAGACCACAAGGGCCUGGUGUACAUCUACAACGGGAGGCCCGGUGGGCCCGACCCGGCACCGUCCCAGGUUCUGGAGGGGAAGUGGGCCUCCACCUCCAUGCCCCCCAGCUUUGGCUACUCCAUGCACGGGGCCACCGACAUCGACCUCAACGGGUACCCAGACCUGAUCGUCGGCGUCUUCGGGGCGGACAAAGCCGUUCUCUACAGGGCACGCCCGGUCAUCAGCGUGAACGCGACCUUGGAGAUCACCCCCCAGAUCCUGAACCCGGAGGACCGCAGCUGCACCCUGCCUGGGACCUCCACGACCGUGUCAUGCUUUAAAGUGAAAUACUGCCUACAGGCCCGAGGAAAAGGAAGCCCUUCCUCACUGCUCUUCCAGGUGGAGCUGGUGCUGGACAGACUCAAACACAAGGGGGCGAUAAAGAGAGUGCUGUUCCUACACAGCAGGAUGUCCCAGUACUCCAAGAACAUGACGGUGACCAACAGCAAAGGGCCGGCAUGCGAGGAGCUGGAGGCCUUCCUGAUAGACGACUCAGAGUUCAGGGAUAAGAUCACGCCCAUCACCAUCUUCAUGGAGUACAGCCUGGACUACAAAAAGGCUGCAGACAACACCGGCCUCCUGCCCAUCCUGGAUCAGUUCACACCCGCCAACGUGUCCAAGCAGGCACACAUCUUGCUGGACUGUGGGGAUGACAACAUCUGUAAGCCCGACCUGAGGCUGUCGGUGGUGAGCGACCAGAGGCAGAUCUACAUCGGCGACGACAACCCGCUGACGCUGGAGGUGACGGCGGAGAACAGCGGGGAGGGCGCGUACGAGGCGGAGCUCUACGUCACUCUGCCCCCGCAGGCAGACUUCAUCGGGGUGGUGCGCAACAGCGAGACUUUUUCCAGACUUUCGUGUGCCUACAAAAGGGAGAACCAGACGCGGGUCGUGGUCUGUGACCUGGGGAACCCCAUGAAAGGAGGAACAAAGCUGCUGGCUGGGCUGCGCUUCAGCGUGCACCAGCUGUCAGAACAGGAUACCUCCGUCAAGUUCGACCUGCAGAUCCAAAGUUCCAACCAGUUUAACAACACGAGCAAUUUGGUGUCCAGCAUCACGAAGCUUGCAGUUUUAGCCAAGGUGGAAAUUCGAGGUGCUUCCACCCCAGACCAAGUGUUUAUCCCCAUCCCAAACUGGAUGCCCAAAGAGAUCCCUGUUGUGGAGGAUGACAUCGGCCCCCUGGUUCAGCACAUCUACGAGCUCCGCAAUAACGGGCCGAGCACAUUCAGCAAGGCCGUGAUGGACAUCGAGUGGCCAUACAAGUUCAACAACGGCUCCCUCCUCUACAUCACCCAGUACGAGGUGGACGGGCCCAUGAACUGCAGCACAGACAUGGAGAUCAACCCCCUCAACGUCUCGAAUCCCAAGGCGGGCGGGAGGAACACCACAACGCAGAGCGGGGACCGGAACGAGGGCGGACCGCGCAGCCACGUACACCGCCGAGACCUGGAGGGGAAGCAGAUGGAGGGGGACCUGGAGAUCCUGGACUGCGCCAAAGCUGAGUGCCUCAAGAUCAAGUGUCAGGUGGGACGCCUGGAGAGGGGCAAGAUUGCCAUCCUGUACAUCCGAUCCCGCCUGGGCGUGGCUACCUUCCUCCAGGCCAACAGCCAGAACCACUCGUACAUAGUGAGGUCCACCGCCUCCUUCAGCGUCAUAGAAAUGCCCUAUAAAAGCCUGGUGUCUGAGCUUCCCUCCAACUCCACAGUGGUCAACACGGCCGUGAUCUGGAACGCGGACACCAAGCAGCCGGUCCCGGGGUGGGUGAUCGCCCUGGCCGUCCUGGCAGGGCUCCUCCUCCUGGCCCUGCUCAUCUUCAUCAUGUACAAGCUGGGCUUCUUCAACCGAGUGCGCCCCCCUCAGGACAGUACAGAGAAAGAGCAGCUCCAGCCACAGGAGAAUGGUGAUGGUAACCCAGAGGCCUGAGACCCGAGGCUGGGGGGGGAGGGGGGAGGUUGGGGGCGGCGUAGGGCGAGGAGUAGCCAAACCAUUUCAGUACCAUGCCACAGGGGCGACGCCCACUUCCACCCCCCAUCUCCCUGCAUGAGGAUGAACGAUCAAGCCAACGCAAAAAGGCUCACCUACACCUUGUCGCUUUUAAACCCUGGAGUCAAAGACCAAGAUGAUGACCGAGAGAUGGAUUUCUAAAAAAAAAAGAGCUGGUGCAGUAAGCCAAAUUCACACUUCCUUUGAACGAUCUUGUGGCGUGUGAAACCAUGUGGUACUGACCAAAGUGGCGAUCAGAACUGAAAAAUCGUGAUCGAGCACUUCCACGUAAUCCUCGUAUGAGGUCACCGGCUCAGUGAGGACCCCUGUCCUCUGCUACCAGAGUCCUUCCUGCUGGCUUCUUCUAUGCAUCUUAGUGCACUGAAAAUGUUUUAUAGUUCUCUGUUACCAGUUAAUUAAUGCAAAUACGAGAGGCACCAGCAUAACAGGCUGCGUUCAUGCGGCUAGUUGAAUAAAUACUGAAACGUCAUAACAU